AGAAGUUGCCUACAGAUCGAUUGAAUUCGGACACAGACUGCUUGGUUUUGUUCUUAUCUAGUAGCAUAGUUUUCGUUUCCUUGAAUUUAAAGCUGCAUUAUCAAGGCGAAACGGCGGCUUCGGUCGAUUAUCUUUCUUUUCUCUGCUAUCCUAUGGAUAUUCACUGCAAAGCAGACCCGUUCUCAGCGAUGCACCGGCACGGGGGUGUAAACCAGCUGGGAGGGGUGUUUGUGAAUGGCAGACCCCUACCUGAUGUGGUGAGGCAGAGAAUUGUCGAGCUCGCCCACCAGGGAGUGAGACCUUGUGACAUCUCCAGGCAACUAAGGGUUAGCCAUGGGUGCGUUAGCAAGAUCCUUGGCAGGUACUAUGAGACAGGCAGCAUUAAACCCGGAGUUAUUGGUGGUUCCAAACCUAAAGUGGCGACCCCCAAAGUUGUGGAUAAAAUCGCAGAUUACAAACGCCAGAAUCCCACUAUGUUCGCGUGGGAGAUCAGAGACAGGCUGCUGGCAGAAGGCGUCUGUGACAACGACACUGUCCCCAGUGUGUCAUCCAUCAACAGGAUUAUUCGGACCAAAGUUCAACAGCCUUUCCACUCUUCCCCAGAUGGAACAGGGACACCGCUUUCAACAACAGGCCACACCAUAGUACCAAGCACAGCCUCCCCGCCGGUAUCCAGUGCUUCAAAUGAUCCAGUUGGAUCUUACUCUAUCAACGGCAUUCUGGGUAUUCCACGGUCGAAUGGAGAAAAGAGGAAACGAGACGAUGAUGGUACAGAUGGUUCUGGCCCAAACAGUGAAUCUCAUGGUAGUGUGGACAGUUUACGGAAGCACCUGAGGGCAGAUGCCUUUACUCAACAACAGCUUGAGGCUUUGGACCGGGUCUUUGAACGGCCUUCAUACCCCGACGUCUUCCCAGCCACUGAACACAUGAAACCUGAUCAGGCUAAUGAGUAUUCUCUACCAACACUGAACCCAGGGCUUGAUGACGUAAAGCCCAGUUUGUCAGCAAGCGCCAACCAAGACAUAGGCUCUAAUGUGUCACAAAGCUACCAAGUAGUGACAGAGUCCCAUUCAUCCUCCAUCUGUGUAAAGCAGGAGCCACACGAAGCGUCGCUGGCUCCUUUCACCCCCUCCUCCCUGGCAGGUUCAGGCCUAGCGGAAUUCCAGCAUUUCCAGCACACCGUGUCAAUAGAUGCCUCCACCCCUUGCUACAGUGCAUAUGCCCACCACAGCCCCAGCUACGGGCAGUAUGCAAGCCAACCUUUAAUAGCAGGUCGUGACAUGGCAAGUACCACCCUUCCUGGCUAUCCCCCCCACGUACCACCAACUGGACAGGGCAGCUACCCCUCCUCUACACUUGCUGGAAUGGUCCCUGGGAGUGAAUUUUCCGGGAACCCCUAUUCCCAUCCACAGUACACACCCUACAAUGAAGCCUGGCGGUUUAGCAACCCUGCAUUAUUAAGUUCCCCUUAUUAUUAUAGUGCCGCAUCUAGGGGCUCCGCACCUCCCACUGUUGCCACUGCCUAUGACCGCCACUAGUUACCACAGAAACCAAAUGAAACUGCAGGACGAUGGGUAUGGCCUCCAUAUUGUACCAGUCUGAUUGGCAUCCAAGUCAAAGGGAUGAAAGGCGACUCCAAACCAUCCAACUAUCUCUUACAUACAGUGAAGGACGGACACCUAAUUUCGCGCACACACACACACACACACACACACACACACACACACACACAC